AUGGAAUCUGAAAUAAAAUGUUCAAUAUGUGACAAAAACUUUACACAAAAAAAAAAUCUGAACGCACAUUUACGGAAUAUUCAUAACAUAGAACCAGUGUUUACCGAUUUUUUGUGUGAUAUUUGCAACAAAUACUUUAAAACUAAAAACACGUUGGACACACAUAUCAAAAAGUUUCAUCAAACCAAUGAUAAUGAAGGAAAGAAGAAAGAAACUAGAAUAAUUUGUCCUAAUAGUGAAUGUAAAGAACCUUUGUACUCCUAUGCUAAAUUGAAUAUUCACUUAUCUCAAAUACAUGGGUUUACUGAAAAAGUGAAGGAAAUGAAAUUUCUAAACAUCCCAGAAUUUGACACAUGGAAAAGAGGAGAAGAACAAAAAAGUUUUUCAAUGUUUGUUAAGGAUAGAGCAAUGUCAAAAUUUCAUGAUGGAUGUAGAAGACAAUAUUAUUAUUGUCAUCGUUCAUAUAACUAUGGUAGUAAGAAUGAAAACCAUGAAAAAAUGGAGAAAGCGAGAGAAACUAAAUUCAUGGGAAGUAAUAAAAUAGAUGGAACUUGUCCAUCUAUGAUGAAAGUUACAUAUAUAGAACAUGAAGGGACAGUUAACGUUAAGUUUUGGGAAAAUCAUUAUGGCCAUGAUCAUGAAAUUGGUAGAAUUAGAAUUGACGAAGAAACCAGAACAAAAAUUGCUGCAAAAUUGAAAGAAGGAGUAACUUUCGCACAUAUUAUAGAUUCAAUUCGUGAUCAAGAAGUGACAGAUGAUACUUUAAAACGAUCUCUCCUUUUGGACCGUAAAGAUCUGCAUAACAUUUCACGAGACUUCAAUAUUGAUUAUGCUACAAAAAAACACAAAAACGAUGCAAUUAGUAUAAAGUUAUGGGUUGAAGAGAUGAAGACAUUAGAAAAACAAUGUCCUGUUUUAUACUACAAAGGCCAAGAUGAGAAUGAUUGGAACGGAGAACAAGGAGUCUUGGAUAAGAAAGAUUUUACAAUCAUUUUAAUGACAAAUUUUCAAGUAGAACAAUUAAAAAAAUUCGGCCACAAUAAAAUUUGUAUAGAUGGUACUCAUGGCACAAAUGCAUAUGAUAUUCAGUUAUAUACUAUUGUAACUGUUGAUGAAUUUGGAUCAGGUUGUCCAGUUGCGUUCUGUUUGUCAAAUCGAUCUGAUGAGAUAAUUUUCCAAUUAUAUUUCAAUAUAAUUAAGCAUAAAGUAGGUGUUAUUAACUGCAAUGUAUUUAUGACUGAUGAUGCUCCAGCGUUCUAUAAUGCAUGGGUUGUUGUUAUGGGAUCUGUUGAACACAGACUAUUGUGUACAUGGCAUGUAGACAAAAACUGGAGACAAAAUCUAUGUAAAAUCAGUGGCGGACCUGAAAAGAAAGCAUUAGUCUACAAAUCAUUAAGAAUCCUUUUACAAACCACAUCUAUAGAACAAUUUUAUAGUUACCUCGAAAAUGUCUUACAAGAUUUGAAGGAUGAUGAUGAUACUAAUAGGUUUGGAAUGUACUUUGAGAAAUAUUAUUCAAGGCGGCCAGAAUGUUGGGCUUAUUGUUUUAGGUUGAGGCUUGGGAUAAAUACAAAUAUGUAUUUGGAAUCGUUUCACAAGAUAUUGAAGCAUAUAUAUUUGGAAGGGAAAAGAGUGAAACGUUUAGACAAAACUAUUCAUGCUCUCAUGAAAUUUUCUAGAGAUAGUCUUUACAAGCGAUUGAUCAAAUUAUCAAAAUAUGUCCCAACCGAAAAAGUUCAAAAAGUCCGCCUAAGUCAUAACAUGAGUGAAACAAUUGAACUGGAACAAAUUAACAUUUUGGAAAAUGAGAAAGGGUACAUAAUACACUCAUUAUCAAAUCCUUCCCAACAGUAUUAUAUCGUGAAAGUUAGUGAAACGUGUACACAAACAGCAUGUUUAAAAUGUGAAAAAUGCAAAAUUUGCAUUCAUACUUACCAUUGUUCUUGCAUUGACAAUGUCAUCAAAGCAAAUAUUUGUAAGCAUAUACAUGCUUGUGCUCGUAAUUUCUAUAAACAUUUGGAUGACAAUAAUAUUAUUCAUAAAGAAACAAAUCUUGAAGAACAAAAAAUCUUAUUUGAUAUGAACACAACAAAUCACCACAAAAUUGAUCAAAAUCUGAAAAUAAAACAUCAAGCAGAAAUUAUUUUGGGUCUAACUGGAACAAAUGCAUUAAGUGAUCAAAAUAGAAUACAGAUAGAAAAAAAAUUAAGUGAAGUUAUUACACUCAUGAAUGAAGGAGAAAAAAUAAAACUUACGCCAGUUGAAGAUAUCAAUGUUACAAAAAAAAUUGAUAAUCAGAUUCGGCUCUACUCAACUAAAAAAAAAAGCUGUCAUAAAACUCAAAUCUCAAAACCUUCCAUAAAUGAAACUAAUGCAAUAGUAUCUGGAUUUGAAGAUGUUAAUAGUGAGAGUGCUCAUGUUCACAGUGCAUUUGAUCAUUCAUAUGAUACAAUUUAA